UGCUAAUUCUAGAAAAAAGUUGAAAUAUCCCCCAACUCAAACAAGGUAAGUUGAGUUACAGCAGCAACAGCUAUUAUUAUUAUUAUUAUUAUUAUUAUUAUUAUUAUUAUUAUUAUUAUUAUUAUUUAAUGGUGGUUAUGAAUAGUGAGCGAAGCAAUUGUUUCAUAAGUAGCUAUCCUUUCAUACACAUUGAUUUGAUGUUGUACAUAGUCAAAUUUAAUUGGGUAGAUAUGAAUAAUGCUCAUAUUGUAUUCUGGCGACGACUCUCAUAUAUCUCUCCACCAGACAAACACGGACCUCCCUCGAUCCGCCAAACCAGAUGUAGCCCAAACGUGGAUCUCUCGUGGAUCCACCAAACCAUACGCAUAUCUCAAAUCCCGAGGUCACCGAAUGAGGGUCCCACCAAACUGACGUCCACCUCCCCGAAUCUGUCGAAUCAGGCUCUGAUACCACUUGUCAAACCCGGGGUGCUCAAUUAGUACGAUAUUGUCCGCUUUGGGCCAAGCCCGCACAGAUUUACUUUAAAGGCCUCGUACUAAUUAGGCUAGGUGGACACUAAUUUACAAGGGUUUAUUCCCUUGUAUUGCCGAUAUGGUACUUGGAUAUUCCCACAACAAUCCUCCCCUCAAGACAAGGCACGAACUUUGUGUCCUCACCUUAGCGAUAAUAUUGAUCCGUCAAACACCUUGUAUCGAUGGGCUUCUCGGUACAAGGACUUUACCAGACGCAAAAAUCUCUUUGAUCUGCUUCCCAAAAGCGGAACUCUCUUUGAUCCGUCAAGCCCGUGGAUCUCUCUCGGAUCCACCAAACAGACGUGAAUCACCUUUGACCCGUCAGACAAACGUAAAUCUCAAAUCCUGAGGUCACCAAAUGAUGGUCCCACCAAACUAAAGUCCACCACCCAGAAUCGAACCAGACUCUGAUACCACUUGUCAAAUUGGGGUGCUAAAUUAGUACGAUAUUGUCUGCUUUGGGCCAAGCCCGGACGGUUUUACUUUUGGGUGUCCUCUCCAAAAGGCCUCGUACUAAUUGAGCUAGGUGGACACUAAUAUACAAGGGCUCCUUCUCUUGUAUUACCAAUGUGGAACUUGGAUUGUCCUCAUAACAAUCCUCCCCUCAAGACAAGGACCACAAACUUCGUGUCCUCUACUCAGCGAUUAUCUUGAUCCGCUAGACACCUUGUAUCGAUGGGCUUCUCGGUACAAGGAUUUUCCCAGACGCGGUACUCUCUUUGAUCCGCCAAACAGACGUGGAUCUCUCCACCAGACAAACACGAACCUCCCUUGAUCUGCCAAACCAGAUGUAGCUCAAACGUGGAUCUCUCGUGCAUCCACCAAACCAGACACAUAUCUAAAAUCACGAGGUCACCGAAUGAGGGUCCCACCAAACUGACGUCCACGUUCCCGGAUCUGCCGAACCAGGCUCUGAUGAAACAAUUGUGAGUGAUGGUCUUGCCCAAUCUCGUACAAACUCAAAUCAGAUUUUAUGCAAUCAACACGUGGGAAGAAAGCAGUGAAGUAAUUAAAGACUAAUUAUAUUGGCAUGAAUCCACCCAUAAAGAUCAUUAAUAAUAAGAAAUCACAUAAAUAAAAUUAAUCCUAGGGUUCUAUAUAAUCUGAACAAUUCGAGUUUUAGCAAUGCUUGGACUUAGGGGUCGUUUGGAAGUUGCGAUAGUUUUGUUGAGAUUGUCAUUAUGCAUGUAUUGUUUACAAUGCAUCGUUUUUUUGUUUUUUUAGCAGAAACAAUACAUGGAUUGUUUCUGUGAUGUGACAGAAACUAUCACUCAUUUUGAGUGAUUGUUAUAUCUCAACUUUUAGUUGUGAUUGUGGAGAUAGUUUAGUUGAGAUUGUUUUGUCUCAGCUUUUAGCUGAUGCGACAUACACAAUCACACAUACCAAACGUAGUAUUCUACAAUGCAUCAAAUUCGACAAUACAUGUAUAAUAUUAUACAUGCAUUCUCAACAAUACAUCUAUUUAACAAUCGCAACUUCCAAACAAUCCCUUAGUUUGUUUAGCUGCUCUUUUGUACAACAGUACUGGUGAUAACACAUGAGAAGUGCUUUCUUAAUUAGACCUCCAUAUAUGACCAAAACUUUAUGGUUUUGGUACUUUUAAUGUAAUAAUACCUUGGAUUUGUUUAGUGAUCACUCAAAGUGCAUAUUCUCGUAGCACUAGGCUUCCUUUUAUCAAUUGAAUGCACUCUUGGUAGUGUUAUGUGUGUUUUUGGGGCAUAACAACUUAGUGGACUACUUUAGACGUGUUGAGAGAUAUCAUAACUUGACUACUAGUAGCCCAGUUCAGUAGCCUAGCUAGUCCUAGAAAAUCUCUGUUUGGGGUGCCGAUUUGGAGACUUUUUGGGAUCUUUUUUCGACAGAUGAAUCAUGUGGCUCUUGUUCGCUUGCCUGUUUAGCUCCCUUAGUUGCAUAGGUUACGAACCUUAGAGGUAGGGGUGGAAAUCGGUACGGUAUCGGUAUCCCAAUAUCAAAUACCGAAAUCUCGAAUACCGAAUUACACCCUGAAAUCAAUCCCAAUACCAAAUACCGAAAUCUCGAAUAACGAAUUACACCCUGAAAUCAAUCCCAAUCCCUAAAUAAUUUCGGUAUCCCAAUCCCAAUCCCUAAAUAUUUUGGUAUCCCAAUCGGUACCUCGGUAUACCAAUCGGUAUUAUCAAAUACAAAAUUAAUUACAUUUUCCAUUAAUAAUUUAAUAUAUAAAUUAGAUUUUAUUGUUUAAUUCAAGGCAAAGAGACGAAGCAAAGAGUCUUAAGUUGCCUAGAGCUAACAUCUCAAGUUUUUGUAAUUGGUAAUCUUUAAUUUGAUGAAUUUGAGGUUGAGAGACGACUAAUACUAGUGUGAAAUAGUGAUGUAAUGAUCUAUGUAUAAUUAAAUGGCACUUUUAGUGGUUGAAGGUCGCGUAGUAGUGAAUGAGAGAGUCUAGUUGAGAGGAUAAAAUACACACUAGCUUAUAUUUCGGUAUUGAUCGGUAUUUCGGUAUAUACCGAUCCCAAUCCCGUAAUCCCUAAUACUGAAUAACAAUUGAAACUCAAUCCCAAUCCCAAUCCCACAAAAUGAUAUGUAUACUCGGUAAUACCAAAUAUAGACAAAUUCGGUACGGUAUUCGGUAUAUCCCAAAUACCGGUACCAAACUUUCGGCCCUACUUAGAGGUAUAUGGCGAUGUAUUCUCGAUUUUGGCAUAUAUAUGAUUGACUUUAUUCUUUCUAUUGUUUGUAGUUUUAUUAAUUUAUGUUAUCUUUUAUUGGAUUGAAUGAGUGCCUAAGUCGAGCUUUCAUCCCUUCAAGUUGCAAGUAUUGAAAUCUCAGUCGCAUCGAACAAGACUGGAUAUGGCAGUUCUAUACAAUCGAUCUUUGUUCGAUCAACCAAUGUUUCACUUCAAAGGAGAAAUCCGUAGGGUUCUUGUUGCCUACCAGAUCGAGGAAAAAGCCUCAGCAGAAGGUACGAUUAGAUUACAUGAAAAUCAACAACUCAUAUGUUGCCUGUAUUGAGAAGUGCAACGCCUCGUCCUCUUUCUUCCUUCACCAGCCAGUAGUUUUAGUUUUCCUUUUCCACAUUACUUUUACUUUAGUUUUUUUUAACAAAGGGGCACUUCAACCGCCGAGGUACCUCAAUAUCCACAUUCAUGUUUUCAAAAUAAAGAACUCGUCCACAUCACCUGAGUAAGUAGUUGUGAGUAACCCUAGAGAAAUACGAUCCACACCUUAGGGCUAGGUAAAUUUGACUCCCUUACUACAAUUGUAUCAAAUUUUACCGUCAUUUGGUUAGAGGGUUGGGUAAGUAUAGAUGAUGUGGUGUGUCGGGUCAGACUAUUUUCGAGUUAAAUAGUGCUGAUUAGGUGAUUUCGUCUGCCACAUCAUCAUUUAACGAACUCAGUUAACGGAGAUGAACGGUAGUUAACGGAGAGUGAUCAAACGUGAACGGUUUCGUAAAGUGAAGUACCACCAAUGGAUUUAAAUAUUUCGAGUGAUCAAACUUGAACGUUUUUUGUAAUCUUAGUGACCAAUCAUGCAAUUAACCCGAAAGUAUAUAAAUAGACUUCUAUACGGAGGAUUCCACUAGCUAGUGAUAGGAGGCAUUAGAGGGUCAUUGUUCUGCCAACAAAGUGAUCCAACUGUCUUAGAACGACAUCGACUUCCAGAUGGAAAUCGACGGUCUAGUCACCAAAAUCUCUGUUCGGGCGCCAAUUUUGGGGACUCAUCGGGAUCUUUUUGAAUGAUGAAUUCCAUUAUUCUCGUCCCCUUGGCUGGCUAGUUCCCUUAGUUGCAUAGGUUUACGAACCCUAGAGGUUCUUGAUGAUGUAUUCUCGAUUUUGGUAUAUAUAUGAUUUGACUUUAUUCUUUCUGUCGUUUGUAUUUAAUUCUUUUAUGUUAUCUUUUGUUGGAUUGAAUGAGUGCCUAACUCGAGCUUGCAUCCCUUUGAGGUGCAAGUAUCACAAUCCUGGUCGCACAGAACAAGAGCGGAAACAAUAAUUUUAUACAAUCAAUCUUCGUUCAAGGGAGAAAUCUACAGGGUCUUUUCUGCCUACCAGAUCGGGGUAAGAAGUCUUGACACAAUGUAGGAUUAGAUUGUAUAAAGAUGAAGCAACUCAUAUGUUGUCAGGAUUGGGAAUACGAGUCAGAGAACUCUAAGGGGAGCUUGUUUGUGCAACUUCUUUGUCCUCCUGCUUCCUUCACCAUACACUAGCUUUUAGUUUUCCUUUUCCGCAUUGCUUCAACUUUAGUUUUUCUCCAAACAAGGGGCAUUCAACCCCCGAGGAACCUCAACCUCCAUAUUCAUCUUUUCAAACCAAAGAACUCGUCCCUCUCCACUUGAGUAAGUGCUUGUGAGAGACCCUAUGAAAAUACAAUAUUAUCCUCUGGGCCAAGUGAAUUUGGCCCACUUACUACAAUCGGAUCAACUGGCCUUUUGGCCUCCCUUCAAUAAAAAAUAUAUAUGACAUUUAGUUUAUUCAUAAUAUGAUAUCUGUUGAGUUUGAAAAGGAAAGUUGUUAAAUCUUGCUACUCUUUAUCCUAAUGAGUUCUCGAAAGAUGACAUCUUACAUCUAGACGUUCAUUAACUAGAUAUUUAUUAAUUUGAUACGAAGACAACUGGGAUGUCUGCACGAUCAAAGACAGUUGCUAAACUUUCAAGCGAAAUGGUAGUGUAAAAAGUAUGUAGUGUUUUCAUUAUUGUAUUGACUUCUAAAGUUGGCGUUGUUGCCACUUGGCGACACUGCAAGUGUUGAAAGAGCAUAUAUAUAUUCUGCAAUGGAACUACUCAACUACAUGAAGUACACACUUCCAAAUUAGAUGAGUAGUGAAAUCAUUAUCGAUUCGUUGAUAGAAUAUAUUGAGAUAGACAUCCUUAAUUAAUAGUUUGGAUGAUUGAAUAUAUUUUAAAUACUUCAUAAUAUAAAACGCAAGUUGUGAAUCAUUAUGCAAUAUUAACAAAAAGAAAAUUUUAUGUUGGACCUAUCUGAACUAAAUUCCAGACUACACUACUGUCUGUAGGAAAAAAUUGCCUUCAACCGUUAGAAGUAUAAUCGACCACCGGUACAAUUUUAAUUAUUUGUUUUUACAUUUGAGGAGUAAAUGUUAUUUAUUAUUGUGUAUUAUCAAUUAGACCAAUUUCUUAUGAUUUUUGUAGGAGGCAUUUGUAGAGGUCUUAGACUAGUAGGGAAUGGCAUAUUUAAUUCACAACUUAAUAAAAAAAAGAACCAAAUUAGAGGGGGAAAAAUUGUUUGGCAAAAUGAAGUGCCCUUCCGCCCUAGGCAGGCACCACCCACCCGACUAGAUAUAUGCCUCGGUCCACUCCCCAACGCCUCUUCUCUUCCCUUCUCUCCUCCCGUGUGCGCGACUCUCCCUUUAUAAUAUCACCACUCGCAGACUCGCUUCCCCCACCUCUCUCUCUCUCUCUCUCUCGCCAUUAAACUAUUCCCAAGCUCCGUUUCUCUCUUUCUCUCGACCAACAACAUUUCCCCCAUAUUCUCAUAGCUUCCCUCGCCGGGCCUCUAACCGAGAAAAAAAAAAAAAGAGUGAAUCAGAGAGUUCGGCGGUCCACAAAUAAAAAAGAAAAUCCCUAAAUUGUGCAGAGCAGCGAUGCCGGCGGCAGGGCCAGCGUCCCCGACGCCCGAUCGAGCUCCACCGGCCGCGUUUCCGUCCCUCCAGCCACCGCCGGUGCUAAUGACGACCGAUGCCGCCUUCGCCAAGGACGCGAUCCUCGCCUGGUUCCGCGGCGAAUUCGCCGCCGCGAACGCAAUCAUCGACGCAUUGUGCGGGCACCUCGCGCAGCUCGACGGAGGCGGAUUGGAGUACGAUUCCGUCUUCUCCGCCAUCCACAGGAGGCGGCUCAACUGGAUCCCCGUCCUCCAGAUGCAGAAGUACCACUCCAUCGCCGACGUGGCGGUGGAGCUCAGGCGUGUCACGGAGCGGAAGGUACAGGACAAGAACGGCGGGAUUGAAGGCAAGAAGAGCGCUAAUCAGGUGGAGGAGGCCGUCGUUCUGGUGGCGGAGCAGGCGGAGGCCGCCGCCGCAGCCGAUGAGAAAAUCGACGAGAUUGUCAAACCUGCCGCAGCCGCCGCUGUAGCAACGGAGAUUCACCUGAACGGAGGAGCGGAGGUGGAGGCGGCGCCGGAGAAUUCGGCUGAUGACAGUGAUGUUACCGACGAUUCAGGAGGAUCUCAUUCACAGGAAGUGGAGGCUAACAGUGAGAUCGACAUCUGCUCCAACCACGAAGAGUGCAACGCUCGUCCUACUCAGAUCAAGUUGACAAAAGGUUUCAGUGCCAAGGAACAUGUGAAAGGCCAUAUGGUGAAUGUUGUCAAAGGACUGAAGUUAUUUGAAGAUGUGUUCACUGAUUGCGAGCUGUCCAAGCUGACUGAUUUCGUGAACCAACUCAGGCUUUCAGGGCAGAAUGGGCAACUCUCAGGUGAUACUUUCAUCCUGUUCAACAAGCAAAUGAAAGGGAACAAGAGAGAGCUGAUUCAGUUUGGCGUCCCGAUCUUCGAGCACAUUAAAGAAGAUGCUACCAACCAAACAUGUAACAUAGAACCGAUCCCAGCUCUGCUCGAAGGAGUCAUAGAUCACCUGGUGCAGUGGCGUCUCAUACCCGAAUACAGAAGGCCAAAUGGUUGCAUCAUCCACUUCUUUGAUGAGGAGGAAUUCUCGCAGCCCUUCCAGAAGCCACCCCAUGUCGACCAGCCAGUAGCUACCCUUCUCCUCUCCGAAUCAACCAUGGCGUUCGGACGUACCCUUCUGGGUGACAGCGAUGGCAACUACAGAGGUCCACUGGUGCUCUCACUGAAACAAGGGUCUCUGUUGGUGAUGAGAGGAAACAGCGCAGACACUGCAAGGCACGUUAUGUGCCCAUCCGGCAACAAGAGGGUGAGCAUCACACUCUUCCGCGUUCGGCCCGAUCCCAACCUGCUGAUCCACUCGCCACCAACCAGCCCGAUGAGUGGCGGCGCACUCACGGUCUGGCAGCCGGCUCCCAUGCCCAACCCAUACGCCAUGUCGCCCAACGGCUACGAGUCAGUGGAAACAAUGGCAGGGAAGUGGGGCGUCAUACGCACUACACCAGUGGUGAUGCUUGCUGCUGCUGCUGCUCCCAUGCCUCGACCUCUCAUGGUUGCUGCCAAGAGAAUGAUGCCUCCGCCGCAGCCGCAGGGUCAGGGCGGGACAGGAGUUUUCCUGCCCUGGAAUGUGGGCAGCACGAGGAAACCAGCAAAGCACCUCCCGCCGCGCGCGCAGAGGGGACGCUACUUGGCGUUGCAGCCUUCUGUCCGAGGCGAUUCCGCGGCCUCUGAGACGGCGGCAAUCAGCGUCGGUGGAGCAUCGUCCUGAAAUGUGGGGGAAAUGUACAAACGAGGGGCCCAAAUGGUUUUUGCCCAUGAUUUGGGGCUUUUUUUUUUCUGCUGAGAAACUUGUUACGGUUUCUUCCUUUUGGUUUGAUUGAGUAGUGCACAAGCACACAACACCUGAUCUAUAUUAGCCUAGAUGUCGUACUACCAGGUCAUCUAGGAGAAUGAUUGGGUGUGUAGGGAGAGUUGAGGGUUUCAUUUUACUUUCUCUAAUUUGCGGGAGUUGGAGUGUGAAGAAUCAGCAGCUGUUUCAAGUAGAGAGUAGAAAGUUUUUACUUGCUCAAAAGGCUCGUCUCAUUUCAAAACGUUUCGCAAUUAUCACCCACGUAGGUGCCAAGAUCAACCUGGUCAAUGGCCAAGUUUUGGCCAUAAAGAUGGUUUUAACGA